AUGACGGGGGCCCGACGCUGGGCCCCCCUGCUCCUGUGCCUGCUGCAGUCAGCUCCAGGGCGGCCCCUCCUGGCCCCUCCCCAGAACGUGACACUGCUCUCACGGGACUUCAGUGCGCACCUGACGUGGCUCCCAGGGCCUGGCAACCCCCAGAACGUGACCUAUUUUGUGGCCUAUCAAAGCUUUGUACCCCCCAGACGGUGGCGGAGAGUGAAAAGGUGUGCCGGAACCAAAGAACUGAUGUGUUCUCUGAUGUGCCUGGAGAAGCAAGACCUGUGCAACAAGUUCAAGGGGCGUGUGCAAGCAGUUUCACAUGGCGCCAGGUCCCCCUGGGUAGAGUCCAAGUCCAUGGAUUACUUCUUUGAAGUGGAGCCAGCCCCGCCUAUCCUGAUGUUCAACCAGACAGAGGAGAUCCUGAUCGUCAAUGCUACGUACCAGCUGCCGCCUUGUGUGCCCCAACCAGAUCUGAACUAUGAGGUGGACUUCUGGAAGGAGGGGGCUAAGAACAAGACCCAGUUUCCAGCCACUCCCCAUGGCCAGCCAGUCCAGAUUCCCCUCCAGCCAGACACCAACGGGUACCACUGCCUCAGUGCCAGAACCAUCUACACCUUUGGCAGUCCUAAAUACAGCGAGUUCUCCGAGCCCACCUGCUUCUUCGUGGAGGCCCCGGGAUCCAACUGGGCCCUCCUAUUGCUGCUACCGCUUCUGCUACCACUGCUGUUGGCUGUUGCCAUAGGGCCUGUGAUGUGGAAGACCUUCAUGGGGAACCCCUGGCUUCAGCAGACAAAGAUGCCACAGGCCCUGCACUUCUCCGAAAACAGACACUACAGGGUAACCUUUCAGCCCAGUGGCCCAGAGUGCGUGCACAACCUGAUCCUCUGUCCCCAAAAGGAACUGACCAGAAGGGUCAGGCUGACCUCUAGAGUCAGGGCCCCAGCCCCUGUCCAGGCCGGACCAGAGAAGGACAGCGGUGAGGAGAAGGACGGUGAGGAGAACACAGAUGAAGAGGACACGGAUCCCGGUGUCAGCUUCCAGCCCUACGUUGAACCGCCCCCCUUCCUGGGGCAGGAACUCCAGAGCCCGGGGCCCGCCGAGGCAGGAGGGCCCUGGACUCCACUGGUCCAGGGGGAAGGCUCCUCUGCCUACGAUUCUUCAGGCAGAAGCUGGGCCAGCACUGCCGGCUCCUCCUCCUCCUGGGAUGAGGCUGGAUCCUCUGGCUAUUUGGCCAAGAAGGGGCCAGGCCAGGGGCUGCGUCGGGAGGAACAGCAGAAGCCUCUCCCACCACCCAAAUUCUCUGAGGACUCCAGUUCCUCGGGAGAGCCCCCCAAAGACAACCUCUCCACCUGGACCACCUGGGGCUUAUCAUCACCAGGGCUGAAUCUAGUCCCUGGAGAACCCCCAGUUUCUCUUCGGACACUGACCUUCUGCUGGGACAAUAGUCCUGAGGAUGUUGAGGGGGAGGAAGAAGAGGAGGAAGAGGGUUGGAGGGAGUCAGAAAGUGAGGACAACGGUGCUGGCAGCUGGGGGGCUAAGAGCCUCCAGAGGACCGAGGUCAGACCCCUGGGGCAUUACUUGGCCAGGUGA